UCUGACUCGACUGUGGCUACUGCUGGAUUGGUUUAAAUGACGUCCUCUUUCUCCCGACAGACAAAUAGGAAAUGAUACUAAGCACAACCUUUCGAUGUAUGCAGUCAGCUGCUCCUUUGCAUAACUUCACAAUCGGGACAUUUUCUGGUCUUUGUUCAGUUGCUGUGAGAACAAUGAGUGACCAUAUGGACAAAACUGCCCAAAGCUUCAGAGAACCGGGCAUAAGUGAAGCAGAAGUAGUGUCCAUUGAUCAGGCAUCAGAGACGGUCAAAGUACUAAAACUUAAGGUCGUUGACCCCUCGUUCACGUUCAAGGCCGGCCAAUGGGUUGAUAUGUUCAUCCCAGGGGUACCAACAGUGGGUGGGUUUUCUAUGAGUUCGUCACCAAAGCCCUUGCGUGAAAACAAGCAUGUGGGACUAGCAGUGAAAUUCAGCACACACCCCCCUGCAUAUUGGGUCCACAAACAGUGUGCUGUCGGGUCAAAGGUCAAAGUGAGAACAGGAGGGGACAAGCUGGUCUUUGACCCCAAACCUGGUGACCCAUCCUGGAAUGUUCUACUAAUCGGAGGGGGGAUCGGUAUCAACCCCCUCAUUUCAUUGAUGCACCAUGCAGCAGAUCUCCAUGAUCAGAAGAAAGCUAAUCCCCAGGGAUACACCCCUGGAAAAAUGGAACUGCUCUUCAGUGCUUCAACCAAGAAUGAACUUAUAUUCAAGGACACCAUUGAUGAGUUGAUCUCAAAGCAUUCCCCAGAUAUUGCUGCUAGGUUUUAUGUGACCAAAGACUCGGACGUCGAUUCACCAAUAUCAAAUCGUAGGAUAGAUGCGAGUGACAUCAAGUCAUCUGUGGAGAGGUUGAGAGACGGUCCUCUAAGAUGCUUUGUAUGCGGUCCUCCUACCAUGAUAGCGGAUAUGGAAGGGUUGCUUGGCAACGAGGGUAUCCCUGCAUCAGAUAUUUUCUGUGAGAAGUGGUGGUAAUGUUGGGAGAUUAUUGAUGCAAUAAUUGGAUAGGUGAAAACCUUGGGUGUGAUCAGGUGCUGUUGUAAGCAAAUCAUUCCAUUAUAAAUCAUGUCAUAAUGUGUCAUUGAAGGAAAAAUCUAUUAAAAGUGAACCCUGCCAAACCACUGUCGUUUACCACCUAGACUGCAAUAAUCUGCAAAGCGCUUUACAGACAUCGUUCUGAUGUAAUAAGUGCUAUGUUAAAGUGAAAUACUAUUAUUAAUGCCCCAAAUUAGGUGCAAACCUUGGGCAUAAACUGCUUGCUUAAUUUCAACUAAUUCUCAUGAAAUUUGCAUCACCCAAAGGUUUUGAUGUAUAGAUGUGCAAAACACAUUUUUUUUGUACCUGUCGGAAAUCAUGUUGCCAUGGUAACAACAUAUGUGCCCCAAAUUUGUUAAAAAUCUUUUGGUUCAAACUACUUCCACCAGUUCUCAUAUUUUGCUCACACAUGGGUAUUAAAAAAUGGGCAAGACAUAUUUUUUCCCUGUGUUGCAAACUGUUGCCAUGAUGACAGCUUUAAUAGGGCGGGGGUAUUAAUCACCUUCAGUGAUAGUUCUAGUUAGUUUCGGUAGAGGGGGGGGGGGGGAGGAGACCUUGUUUCAUGUGGUGCUGUUCAAAAUCCUAGGGGGUACAUGCCCUUGCUCAAGUGCUCUUCAAAAUAAACUAGUGUAGUGAACUAGAGCGGAGUCAUUUCAGACAUUCCAAUUGCAUCUUACCGUUCUGAAACGGGUAUUCUGCUAGAUGAAUGUCACAAAUAUAAUAUAUAUUUUUCAAACAUCAAACCACGUGCAGACAUGAUGCAAACAUCCCUGUUCUUCAUUGAAAUUAAUUAUAUGUACAGUAUAAGCAAGAUUUUUUUAAAAGGCUGUAGAAAGGUGUUGCUUUGUUUUGUAUCGGAGUAUAAACCACGCUCUUGCCAAAUGAUUUUGAUAGUUCUCUUGUUGUCGGGGGCGGAUCUAGCUUUUUGCCAUUGAGGAGGUUUGAUGGAGAAAUUUGACCAGAAAAGAAGAAAAAAAAAAGGUUUUCACUACCAAAUGAAGGUCAUUUUACUUCCGAAAAACUUAAAUGCAAAGGGGUCCACUAUAAAAUGUAGGUAAUUUGGGUUUGGCUCCAAAUUCUAAAAUUGUAGGUCAUUACUUUUGUUUAACUUGGCAGCCCAGUGGGGGGGGGGUGGAUAGACCCCCUUCCCCCCCCUGGUAGAUCCGCCACCGAUUGUAAUAAUUAUCAUAUAUCAUUAAAAUACUGUUGAGGAAAGAUAUACUCAAAAUAUUUUAUUUUGAAUAGAUUCUUAACGAGCAUUAGCCAUUUUAA